AUGGGUUAUCCUAGAAUUUAUGAUAUAAGACUUUAUGCAUUAUUAUUUAUGAGAGUGAUAAGAAAUUAUUUCGGCAAUAUCAGUAAUGAUUUCUCCCAGGAUUAUAUAGUAAAAAAUUGGUCGUGUUUGGCGUGUAUUAAGAAGAAAGAACUUCAAGCUAGAACUGGUGAAUGGUUUCAGUCGGCUUCGACAAGCAAUUUUUCACCUUUACGUGAUCCUGCUGCUGUAGAUAAUAUGAUUGAUCCUGAUAAACAAUACGAGCAUCAAAAUACUGGUGAAAAUGUUAAUCAAAAACCAACUUUACUUUCAACAUCUGUAUCAUCAUUAAGUAAAGCAUUUGUUACGUUAAAACAAAAUGCAAACUCUGUUAAACAAGCUUUAAGUAAUGCUAAUGCUAAUAACAACGACGAGAAUCAAACAUCUCAAUUACAACAAUCACAAAGCUUAAACUCUAGUACCGUAUCUUUACGCACAAAUAGUACAUCAUCACGUCGAGAGCAUACAGGAUCGUUACUUUUAACUCCCCAUGACAAAAUGGAUGGUGAGGGAAUUCCAGUAUCAAGAUCUUCAUCAUUUUCAGCAAUGCCUAAGCGUAAGUCCAGCGGGCCACGACCACCUCGACCUCCGCCACCCCGCUCUAAUUCUACAUCUUCAAGCAGAUCACCUACUCGUAGUCCGUUAUCACAAUCGCCGACUCCAGAUAAGCAAGAACAAUCUAUUCCUAAUGGUGAAAUGAAUGGUCACGAUGUUGAAUUAGCGAAAUCAUCGCAAGAAGAACCAAAAUUAGCUACAAGGAAUGAUCAUCAUGUAGAAGAUGGAGUAACUCCUGAUGAUAGCAAAACUAAAAAAUUAACACCAAGCCGACCACCACUACCAAGUCGAGCCUCAUUGAAAAGGAGAUCAAGUAGAUCUCAAUCAACAAGUCAACCUAGCGAUUCAGCGACACCAAGCAACGAUGAUAAUCGAAUAAUUCCAGCCCACGAUAAUAACGUUAACGCAACACCUCCUACAGAUUUUUCUGAUAAUCCGAGGCAACCAGAAAAAGAACCUACUGAAGAUAGUUCAGAUUCGUUACCUAAUGGUGAAGAACAUCAACCAACUAGCCCUAAGGCCUCAACAGUGCAGCCACCAAAAGUAGAAAAUGACUCGAAUACGACCACUGCGGAAAAACCAACAAAAACCCGUGAAGCAGCCCCCAGUAAUAUGACAUCUGUUAAUCAAGAUACACCUCAAAAUAACGAUCAAGAAACUGCAGAAGUCAAAGCAAAGCCAUCAGAAUCCAAGAAAGUGCCACCUAGUCGACCACCUCGUCCUCACCCUAAUGCUUUAAAGAGGACAUUAAGCAAUAAAAUGAAAACUCAACAGCAGCCACGAAAAGACAGCAAAACCGAUCAGGAAGUACCAAAAACCAUGCACGUAUCCGAUGAUAUCCCUCAAGCACAACAACCGACAUCGGUGCAAUUACAUCCUGUCCCCAAGGAAGUACCAAAAGCAGCAAAAGAGGAACCUAUUACAGCGGAAGAAAAUGAUGCCACGUUAAAUGAAAUGCCAGCACAGACUAACGAACAUUCGGCUACCUCAAAGGAUAGUCCUACAAGAGGUCACAGCGUUAAUGAUUUGCCUGAAGAUGCAGCAAUUCACGAUUCACAUGAUAACCAUGCCGAAAUUAGCCCUAAAGACCAAGAUAAAAGCAUUACACCGCAUGGUGAUGCCAUAACACAGAAGCAAGAGCACCAAAAUCACGCUGAAGUCAUACCUGAAGAUUCAGGUAAGGUCGGUGAUUUGCAUCUAAAAGCAGAUCGCCAACCAGUUAGUAAACCAGUGGUUAUGCCAGAAGUCCAGAAAGAAGCUCCACAGACUGUCAUAAAAGUGAACAAUGAUGAGCAUAUUAAGGAAGCAAAUCAUACCGGGAGUAAUAACAUUGCACCUCCAGACACUACAUCUACACAUUCCAGGAGUAGUUCAGUCGGGAAUUUCAGUGAUGACGACGUAUUUGAAGAUGCGCUUUCAGAUGGAGAAACAGAAGAGCAUACGAAAGCAGCAGCUGUCGGUACCUCAGAAAGUGCUGCUCCAACGGAUGGUAUAAAAGAGCCAAUCAAUACACCUGUCACUGUUAAUGAAGCUAAAAAAACAAGUUUAGAAAGUCCUGUGCAGAAACGCAUCAGAAUUCCCUCCGUAGAGGAUACUGUAGACGCUGCGCUAGCUUCCGGCAUAGCUACUGCAGCUGUUUUAUCAUCUCCUAAAAAUCUACAGAAUGCAAAUACUAAAAAUCAAGCUUUUAAACUUCCACCAGACCAUCCUCAAGAUGGAAUAAAGUCUUCUGAGCCUGCAACAGUUAGUAAACCACAACAAGCAGAUGUUAAACCAAAGAUAGAAAAUGAGGGACCAACUAGUGACAAUAAACAGACUAAUUUAAAGCACAACCAAAGUGGAAGCAAACAACAUCAAGACAGCAAAAUUCCCAAUUCAGUAUCUUCUAGUAAUAAGAUGAAAAAUACGAUAACAAACAGGAAUGAACAACCUCAAGUCACAGUUCAAACCAAGAGCGCAUUACCAGUCAAAAUUAUUGAAAAUCAAACACCUGCAAGUCAGCUUAAACAACCACAACAACUUACUAAAGUAGAGAAAGAGCCAUCUCCUGCAAUGGCUAGCAAUCAUUUACAGAAUAACACGAAUAAUGGACACAACGGAGCAAUGAAUGAAACAAAAUCUGUACCUACUAGCAAGUCGAAAAGCAAAUCGCCAAAAUCGACACCAUCUAAAACAAAGUCAGCUAUUGCAGCUGGCAUUGUUUUAGCAGAUACUACGGCUAAAAAUAAAUCACCAAGAUCUACUCCAUCGAAAACGAAAGCAGCUGCAGUCGCUAAUGCCAUGAAUGCUGAUAGUAAAACCGGAAAGGGCUCUACAAAAGUAAAGAAUAAAUCAGCUAAUUCAACUCCAUCGAAAACGAAAGCCGCUGCAACUGCUGCAGCAGUAAAUAGCAGCAAUUCUACUCCUGUUGAUAACUCAUCAAGCAAUAAAAAAUCAUCGGUAGGAUCUCGGUCAAAAGCUGCUGAAAUCAAAUCAAGUAAGCCACAAACAUCGACACGACGUCCAUUAAGUGCUUUAUUUGGUGGGAAAUCUAAAGAUGAUAAACCAUCCAAGAGUCCUGAGGUAACGAAGAAAUCUGCUGGACAAAAUAUUCAGCCAUCAAAUAGUACCUCAAAAGACAUGAAUAGAAUCCAGAACAACGUUAAACCAACCGUAUCUGAUAGUGUUGCAACUGAUGGAACAUUGCAAGCUAGUCAGAUCCAAUCGCAAGCCAAAUUAGAAAAGGCUGAAACUCAAUCUAAAACAACAGAAAGUCAAACGUCGAAAGAAAACCCACCUAAUGCCAAACCAUCACUACACCAACAAUCUGUAAGUACCCCUUCUAGCCAUGAAGUUGGCCCUAUACCUAACAAUCAAGAACCUAAAGUCAAUGAUGACCAUCACGAAGAAGGUGAGCCCCCUAAUAUUGUAAUAAAUAGGAGAUCGAGUAAGAUAGAGACUAAAAUACUUAAACCUUCAGAGCUGGAUACUGCAAUACAGCGUAAAUCACAGCUCGAUUCCAAUGAUAAUCCUAAUACACUAAAUGACAUCAAUAAAUUACCAGCUACAAAACAAGAUGAUACGAAGCCAAUGACUUCAUCCAAUCAACAAGAGAAUAACAUAACAAGCCCGGAAUCCAAACCAACUAACAAUAAUUCCAGUAAGUUCGAUAAUAACCCGGUAGCAACGGAAGAACCGUUAACCAAUAACUACCACACUAAUAAUAAAUCUCAAAUCGAUUUAUCGCCUGUUUCUAAAUCCAAAGAAGUUGAAGAGAAUACGAAAGUAACUCCUCAAAAUUAUGCCAAUGACACACUGAAGGCAGAGCCAACUUCCAAUCGUAAUGUAAGCUUGACUAGUGAUGCAACUACUGUCAACCAUAAUAGUCAAAUUACCAAUGUAAGCUCCAAAGAGAGCAUAAACGUUUCACCUAAGCAACAUUUACAGGAUGAACCUAAAACUAUUACCAACUCAUCACAGGAAAUAGAAAUAACGCCUGUGCCUAAAACGAAGGGAGCAGUUAAUGCCUUUUUAAGAUCUGGCAUGGACGAGAAUGACAGCAAGUCUGACAAUCACUCUCAUGAACCACCUACAGAUCCUAUUGUAGAAGAAGAAGAAAUUAAGCCAACUGUUCAUCGCGUUACUGCUAGCAUGCCUCUUCAUUUCUUGUUGGAACCUGAAGAGGAUACAGAGUUAGAUCAUGAUGGAAAAUCGUCGGAACCAUCUGUAACUGAAACAGCACAGUCUAAUCCAAAAAUACAAGUACCAACGGAUAUGAAAGUGAAUCAUAUUCCUUCUGCUGAUGAAGAGGCUAAGGAAAGAGUUACAGUUCAUCCUAUAAAUGAGCAUGACAGCAACAAGGUUGUAAAAGACCUAAAACAUGGAAGUCAAGCUACACCUUACACAAAGUCAAAUAGUCCUAAAGUAGCCAUUAAAUCGAAACAAGAAGAAGUGGAUAACAAGCCUCAUACUAACCUACAUGAUACUCCGAGCUACACUAAAGCGUAUCCACAGAAAGAAGAAGAAUCCAUCCAUCAUGAUGAGCGAAACAAUGUUAAUGCAGCCACAGAACCAAAAGUAAACACAACUGAAACAGCAAAUCUAUCACCUAAAAUGAAUAAAAUCGAAGAAAGUAAGACUAUUCAUACAACAGACCAAUCUGAUCAUAAAACAGCCAAUCUAUCACCUAAAAUGAGCGCUAAUGAAAGUAAGAAUAUAUCUCAACCAGAUCAUUCUGAUCAUGAUCAUGAAACAUCGGGAGUAAAAGCUCCAAUGACUUCAACAGCUGCAGUUAAUAGCUCGAUUACGACUACAUCGCACGAUGUGCCAGCCGCAGCUAGUAUCGAGAAAACUUCUGCCCAUGAUGAAAUUGCAAAUGCAAGGACUAGCGAGGUUGCACCACCAUCAUCUACCGCAGAGAAAGCUCCAGUGAAGGCAGAAACAGCAGCUGCGGUAGCAGGGACGACAGAAGCGGUUGCAACUACAUCCGCAACAAUUUCAACAGCUUCCACUAUCCCAGCUAAUACAGCUCACGAAAUAACUCCAGCAGCUUCUACUUCCAUAAAAACUGUAAGAAAUGCUACAGUCGAGGAUGCAACGGUGGUAAAGCUUAACAGUAACACUACUAAUGAAUCCAUGUCAGCUACUCCUCAUGUCGAAGCAGGCAACGAUGCUAAGAAAGAGCCAAACCACGUUGUUGCUCAAGAUGACCAUGAUCACGCAAAAGUAGUUGCAGCUGCAGUUGGAGCUACUGCAGCGGCGGCAGCUACUGCUGCAGCUGUUUCUGUUACAGCUGAUGCAACAGCACAUCCUUCACCCGAAAUUAACACCAAAGAGGCUACAAAAGCUGCAGCUAAUUUACAUGCUGAUAUGCAUCAUGAAGAUGUUAAAUCUGUUGCUGCUGCCGUUAUUGCUUCCAAUCGUGCUAGGAAACGUCUACAAAAUCGUAUUGCAUCUCAAACAUCUAUUCAAACUGUUGAUAAAGUAACGGGUAGGAUGAAGAUAAAGUUAUGGCAUGAAAAGGUAACAGAGAAUUUAGUCAUAACCGUUUUUGGAGCGGAAGAUCUGUAUCCAUGCGAUCAUAAAGUAUAUCGCAAUGCCUACGCUAAAGUAUUUAUGUAUCCAGAAGCUAGCCAAUUUGGUAAACGUCGGACCAAAACAUGCGACCGACAACUUAAUCCAACGUGGAAUCAAACCUUUAUGUAUUUUUCAAUCAGUGAUAAAAGACUUGAAAGUUCUAGCUUGCAAGUAACGAUCUGGGAUAACGAUAAAGAUCAUGGCAUUAAGUUUUUAGGUGAAGUAAUCAUUAAGAUGGCAACUGCUAGAUUGGAUAAUCAACCUCAUUGGUAUUUACUACGAAAUCAUGAUCAUUCUGUUGGUCAACUUCCUCCUCCGACACCAAUUAAGAAGACUGCUUCGGAUAAGCAAUCAUCUCAUGGUCUACGCCGAUCAAAUGUAUCUCUACAUGCAACAAAUACUAAUGAUGAUAGUGUAGGUGCUAUCUCAGAAGAUUCAGUGGUUGGCCAUCCUGAAGAAGUUUACCAUAGCUCAGUGAAUGCUAAUAAGUACCGUGUUGCUGAUUCAUCUAACUACGCCGAGCAUGCAAUGUCUAACACUGGCCAUGAAGAUGCUCCAUCUCAAUCACAAGAUCAUCCGAGUGAAGCGGAUGAUAAUACAAAGAAUCAAAAUCAUGCAGCAACUAGCGAUGCUAGCAAUGAUGAUAAGAAAACACCUCCGAGGAAACCACCACGAAUUGAUAGGCCACCAAGUGAAAUAGAAAAUCCAGCUGUACAAGAAAAUCAAACUCCAUUAAAGACGAAUCAUAAUGAUGCCCAUCAAACCAAUCAUGUAUCUACAACACCAACGAGUAAGCUGAGUGUCAAUAUCUACAGUACAAAAUCCAUGUAUUGA